UUGUGCGUGUGCUGCGCUCACCAAGUGAGCGAACUUCAUGCGGCUCUUCAGCUUCACGCCGCUACCACGAGUUACCCGUUGGUCAAAUCACAUCGCCAAAAUGAAUGGUCAUCUGAUGAAAAAUGGGUCUGCUAAUGAAACUGUUCCAAAACCUCCAUUCUUGAUAGGUGUUGCUGGAGGUACUGCUUCUGGCAAGUCAACCGUCUGCAAGAGGAUAAUGGAGAAGCUUGGCCAAGACAAUAUCGAUGACAAACAGCGACGGGUAGUUUGCAUAUCACAGGACGCCUUCUACAGGGAACUCAAUGAAGAGGAAUCUGCCAAAGCAUUAAAAGGGUCCUUCAAUUUUGACCAUCCUGAGGCAUUUGACACGGACCUUGUGCUUGAAACUCUAGAGAAAAUUAAGGCUGGACAGAUCUGCAAGAUUCCCAACUAUGAUUUCAAGACCAAUUCUAGGUUAUCAACAACCACAGACAUCUACCCAGCGGAUGUGGUGCUGUUUGAAGGCAUCCUCAUGUUCUACCAGAAGGAAAUACGCGACAUGUUCCACAUGAAGCUUUUUGUCGACUCCGACGCUGACACCAGACUAGCCCGACGAGUGAUGCGUGACACGCGGGAGCGCGGGCGCAACCUAGAGACGGUCCUGCACCAGUACACUAGGCUGGUGAAGCCUGCCUUCGAGGAGUUCUGUCUACCUACGAAAAAGUUUGCUGACGUCAUCAUUCCCCGCGGCGCUGAGAACACCGUGGCGAUCGAUCUGAUCGUUCAGCACAUCCGCGAUCUGCUGCGUCCCGGCGCCCUGCGCGGCGACCGCUGCGACACCAGCAAACGCACGCGCCACCACAGCGAGAACUGCUACAAGCGGCCGCACUAGUGCUGUAAUGCUGCUACAAGCGGCCGCACUAGUGCUGUAAUGCUGCUACAAGCGGCCCCACUACUGCUGUAGUGCU